UAGAGAUAUAAAAUAAUCACUUGUAGUGAAAAAUCUUAGAUCAAAAUUUCUGUUUCAAUGGCUCCUGUACCAAUUUCUACCUUAAACGUAGGACACAUUGAUGAUGUACAAGAAUUAAGAAGAACUAAGCCUAAGACAAUUCCUCAAAGAUUUGUAAGAAACAUGACAGAAAGACCAACACUUCAAACACCUCUUUCCCCACCAAAUAGUGACAUGCCUGUCAUUGAUUUCUCUAAGCUUAGUAAAGGGACCAAAGAAGAAAUCCUCAAUGAACUUUAUAAGCUUGCAACUGCUUGUGAAGAGUGGGGAUUUUUUCAGGUGAUUAAUCAUGAGAUUGACCUCAAUCUGAUGGAGAACUUAGAGGAUUUGAGCAGGGAGUUUUUUAUGCUACCUUUGGAAGAGAAACAGAAAUACCCUAUGGCUCCAGGCACAGUCCAAGGGUAUGGACAAGCUUUUGUUUUCUCAGAGGAUCAGAAGCUUGACUGGUGCAACAUGUUUGCUCUAGGAAUUGAACCUCACUAUGUAAGGAACCAAAAUCUUUGGCCAAAGAAGCCUGCAAGACUCAGUGAAACAGUGGAAUUGUACUCAAGAGAAAUAAGGAAACUAUGUCAAAAUUUGCUGAAAUACAUAGCAAUAGGGCUGAGUUUGGAAGAAGAUGUGUUUGAGAAGAUGUUUGAUGAAGCAGUACAAGCCAUAAGGAUGAAUUAUUAUCCACCAUGUUCAAGACCUGACCUUGUUUUGGGUCUGAGUCCUCAUUCAGAUGGAAGUGCUCUCACUGUGCUGCAACAAGCAAAGGGAAGUCCAGUGGGACUUCAAAUACUCAAAAACAACACAUGGGUCCCUCUUCAACCAAUUCCAAAUGCUCUUGUCAUCAACAUUGGUGACACAAUAGAAGUUCUUACAAAUGGAAAAUACAAGAGUGUGGAGCAUAGAGCUGUGGCUAAUGAGGAUAAAGAUAGACUCUCAAUUGUGACAUUUUAUGCUCCUAGCUAUGAAAUUGAGGUUGGACCAAUGGAUGAAUUUGUUGAUGAAAAGCACCCAUGCAAGUUUAGAAGAUACAAUCAUGGAGAGUAUAGUAAACACUACGUAACAAAUAAGUUACAAGGAAAGAGGGCCCUGGACUUUGCCAAGAUGGAAAUCAUGAAUAAUACAAACUAGGAACUAUUUUUUAGUCUGUUCUCCAACUACCUAGGAGCACUUAAUUAGACUAUUCAGUAUAUAUAAAUAUCAACCACAUAUAAUUUUUUUUUUUUUGUUUUUUUUGCAAAGUAUCACUGUUCUUAUUCCAAAUAUGUAUUAUUAUAUGCUAGCUUUCAAUUGGAAACUAAUGAAAGCUCUAUUCAAUACUAAAUAUUUUAUUUCCAAAGUUGUGUUGUGUAUCUCAACACUAAUGGCUUAAA